UCAGUUCGGCGUCGCGCUCACAGCUACUCAGUCGAUGAUCAACUCUGACUCGCGCAUUCCUGCAGCUGUCAGCACUGGCGCUGGAAAACCUAAGGCGAUUCGACGUCUAGCUUUGGACGCCAAGAGACGUCGAGGGACUUCGUUCACUCCAACUCUCCCCCUGCGUCUUCCAGAUCUACUCGGCCUGCAGCCCAAGUGAAAAUGGUGGCUUACCCAGACCUGCCCGAAGUGGCGCCCGGGGAGCAUGUGUUGGUAGAUGUGGAUAAGAUCAGUGGCCAAAAGAGUCCGCUUGAGAAGAUGCCCUCACUGAAUGCCAGCAAGAAAGUGCCGCCAGAUGAUAAGUCACCCACCACCCCAGGUGGCUUCUCACUGGCCAGCACUGCCAGCAUUGCCACCAUCACCACAGUGGCCACUGUUGACGAGACUCCACAGGAGAAACAGGAGCGCUGGUACCACACCAUCCUGCAGGUCUCUGUGCCCUUCUUCCUGGCGGGUGCUGGCACCAUCGGCUCGGGGCUGCUGCUCGGCACUGUCGAGAAAUGGGCUGUGUUUGUGGAAAUAUCUUCACUGAUGAUCCUGGUGCCUUCCCUGACUGGACUUAAAGGAAAUUUGGAUAUGUGUCUUGCAUCUCGAUUGUCUACCCAAGCAAACUUAGGGCUCAUGGAUAGCAGGAGGGAGACAUUUCUCAUGGUGACAGGAAAUAUAGCCCUUGUACAGGUUCAGGCAAUUGUUGCUGCUAUAGUAGUAGCAAUAUUUGCUGUAUCUGUGAAUGCAAUCGUGGAAGGGGCAUUUCAGUACACACAUGCUCUCCUACUUGCUUCCUCAUCUCUUGCUACAGCUACAACAUCAUGCUUCGUUUUAGAUUUUGUACUGAGUGCUGUCAUACUGAUAUCUCAUAAGCGGAAAAUGAAUCCAGAUAAUCUAGCUACUCCUUUAGCUGCAAGUAUCGGGGAUAUUGUUUCCCUUACACUUCUUGCCAAUUUUGCAUCAAUUUUUUAUGAAGUACAUGAUGUCAGUCCCUGGGUAUCUGCUACUGUAGUUGGAUUUUACUUAAUGUUGCUGCCAGUAUGGAUAUACGUUGUGUACCGUAACAAGUACACAAAGCCAGUUCUGUAUUCUGGAUGGGUUCCAGUACUUGGUGCUCUUCUCAUCAGUGGGUUUGGUGGUAUUGUCAUGAAUUCUGUGUACCAAAUGUUCAAUGGUUUUGUUGUGUUUCAACCAAUAAUUAAUGGAAUUGGUGGCAACCUUGUGUCUGUACAAGCUAGUCGCAUCUCCACCAUGCUACAUAAGACUUCACUCAAAGGAAUUAUUCCACCACAUACUAAAUUAUGGGUUUGGCCAUGGUCAGCUCUUUUCAAAGGAUUGCCACAUGCUGCCACUGCAAGACUGUUGAUACUUCUGGCUGUCAUAGGACAAUCAAUUUUUGUAUUUAUAGCUGAUUUCUUCCAUGCCGGUGAAACCACCAUUGACUACAGAUUUGCUCUCACUUACAUAUUUGCCAGUCUGUUGCAAGUCAUGCUGCUGUUAUAUUUGGCUCACUUGUUUGUGCAUAUUAUGUGGAGAUGGAAAAGUGACCCAGAUAAUUCUGCUAUACCGUUUCUGACUGCCAUUGGUGAUCUCACAGGAUCAUCAUUCCUGGCAUUGGCAUUUGCUUUCUUGCAGGCUGUGCAUGUAACAUAUAAUGGUUAAACGUUGUACUUAUUAGAGAAAGAAAAUUUUCUAGAUGCUAUGGCCAUAUUAAUGGAUAACACUACAUUUUACAUCUGUAUCCAAAGUACUUUGAAUAUAGUUGUUAAAAUAAUGAUGUUCCUCCACAUGUGAUGUACACUCACAAUUCAAUAUUACUGCUGCUACAUGGAAAAUUGUAGGCAAAUUUAAAAACAGCAUGCUUGUCCUCUGAACAAUUUAGCACAUAGUUGCUAAUGUAGGUAUGAAGUACAAAAUGCUUGAGAUGAGGUGCAAUUACCAUUUUGAGAGAAGUAACAUCAAUAUUAAUAAUAGUAUCUCUCUACAUACAGUUGCAAAGUAAACUGAAUCAUUUGUAGCUUGCAUUAAUCGUUUGUAGAUAAUACUGAACUGAGUAGUUAAGAUAAGAGGUACUCCACUAUAAUUGUGAAGACAUUGCAUAGGGUAAGACAAAUAUCAUACUUGAUUCCAUGAAGAAUGUAACAGUGUAUCCAGCUAUGUCUGACAACAUAAACAACAAAGAACAGUAUUAUGUAAGGACUGAAUUAUUUAACAUUUUUUUAUGUUUACAUCCUUCUCUUUAAUUGACAAAGCGUGACAUAUAAUCCAAAUGCAAUUUUUCUGAAAUGUGCAGCUAAUAGUGCUUUGCCAAAUAUUUUUGCAAUGCUUGAAUAAUGCACUCAUAUCAGUGUAAUUAACAACAUACAUUUUAAAAAUUGUGACUACAAAUUGUUAUUAACUUGGUGCAUAAUACCAAAGCUGUUGGGAUUCAUGCACAGUUCUGCAUAACAAAAAUUUUAUUGAGUUGUAUAGAGUAAGAGAAGGCUGUGUGUCUAAAUGUCAUCAUUUUGCAUCAAAUGUCUAUUUUCUCCUAAAUAAUGUGCCAUAAAGUAUGUAAUAAAGUAAGUAAUUAUGUAAUGCA